GUGGCUAAGGGUGCUUCUUCUUUCCCGACGGCUUCUGAGAUCUACGAGUUGUGCCAUAGGCAAAAGAGAGGUUACAACCCUCUGUCGUACUUCUUGCAUACAUUUCAAAAGAGCCGGUGCCAGUACUGUGACAAUGGCGACUGGAGCGGACUUACCGCCAGUUGCAAAGCACCAGAAUCGUCUGGCCAAAGAGAAAAGCCCGUACCUCCUGCAGCACGCUAAUAACCCAGUGGAUUGGUGAGUGAAUUCAUUGAAAAUUAACACUGUCUAUUCACUAUACAUACUGAAUUUAUUAACAACGACCCAUGGAGAGGCACCACUUUGUGACUUUUCUAAUAAUAGCUCGUUCUAACGUGGUUCCAGGGUCUCUGCCCCAGAUCUCACUAUCAGCCAGGAGAGAGGUUUGGUGACUAGAUAUCAGCAAUUUCUGCUGAAUUGACUUUUGGGACACCGAAUCAUAGUAUGGUGUAGCCACACCCACGAGCACAAAGCGCCGCCAAGAUUUGUAUACAUCAAUGACAAUUCCUAAAGUUUUUUUGCAAGCUAAGGUGCUAAUGGAAGGCGAGGUGUAUGUGUAAACUGAGUGGAUUGCAGUGAUUCUGCAGUAGUCAUCAGCAAACCCUGGUGCUGCUUCAUACACAUGCAUACGAGGUCUGGGCUACGCCAGAAUAGAAGUAUCACGUGCUGCUAUGCGGGUAGCUCUGUAAAAAAUAUUUCCACCUGCAUUCUACAACAAUAAGCUUCUCAACAGUCACCACUAGACACCUUUUCCUGUCCUGGAUGAUGGUGUCUGAGCUAAAGGGGUAUAGUCAAAUAGCCAAAUCUUUGUAAAUGUACGUUUUUGAUGCUGUGGUCUCCAAGGUAUCCUUGGGGUGAGGAGGCUUUUGAGAAGUCACGGAAAGAAAACAAACCAAUCUUCCUCUCUGUUGGCUACUCUACAUGCCACUGGUGCCAUGUGAUGGAGAGAGAGUCUUUUGAGAACGAGGACAUUGCAAAAAUUCUCUCUGAACACUUUGUUUCAAUUAAGGUAGACAGGGAAGAGAGACCAGAUGUGGACAAAGUGUACAUGACAUUUAUUCAGGCCAGCCAGGGAGGAGGAGGAUGGCCAAUGAGUGUUUUCCUCACACCAGAGCUGGAGCCUUUCCUGGGAGGAACCUACUUCCCUCCCGAAGACCAUUUCAACCGCCCUGGCUUCCCCACUAUUUUGAGGUCAAUUGCUAAACAAUGGGAGAAAGAUGAGCAAGGCAUACGCCAAAAGAGUGCCAAAGUAAUGGCUGCGCUACAGCAGAUGGUUGAAGUAGCCAGUGAUGAAGGUGAAGGACCACCAGGGCUGAACUGUGUUCAAAAGGCCUACCAGGCACUUAAAGCUAGAGAAGACAAGCAAUACGGGGGGUUUGGAUCUGCUCCAAAAUUCCCACAACCAGUAAUUUUGGGGUUCCUGCUCAAAUUCUAUGCCCGUUAUAUUGGUUCUGAAAUGGGACAGAGUGCCCUUGACAUGGUUCUAGUUUGCCUCCGGGCCAUGAACAAUGGAGGCAUUCAUGACCACAUUGGCCAGGGUUUUCAUCGAUACUCAACAGAUGAGCUUUGGCAUGUUCCCCACUUUGAAAAGAUGCUCUAUGACCAGGCACAACUUGCUUGCGUCUACCUGGAUGCCUAUCAGAUCACUCAUGAGGAGAUAUUUGCAAGUGUGGCCAGGGAUAUUCUUCUCUAUGUCAGCAGAGACCUCACCGAUGAGGAGGGAGGAUUCUAUGCAGCAGAAGAUGCAGACUCUUUUCCACUAGCCUCAUCUGAGCAAAAGAAGGAGGGAGCCUUUUGUGUGUGGACAGAGGGGGAAAUAUCUUCUCUCCUUUCGUCUCCUCUUCCCUCCUCUUCCCUCACUGUGGCUGACCUCUUUUGCCACCACUAUGGGGUUAAAUCUGGUGGAAAUGUUCCAAGCCAUAAGGAUCCUCAUGGUGAACUGUCUGGCCAAAAUGUUUUGAUUGUCAGGGGUUCAGUUGAAGAGACAGCAAACCACUUCCAGCUGUCAGUUCCUGUCACAGUAGAGCUACUGUCCAAGGCUAGGGACCAGUUGGCCCAGGCCAGGAGGGACAGACCUAAACCCCUAAGGGACAAUAAACUAGUCACGUCUUGGAAUGGAUUGGCCAUAUCAGCAUUUGCCCGUGGAUAUCAAGUUCUGGAUGAGCAAGACUACCUUGAGAGGGCCUUGAAAGCGCUCAUUUUGUACGAAACAAGCUCUACGUUCAGGUGUCUGGUAGGCUCCGUAGAAGUGCCUACAGAGAGAGCUCUGGUGUGCUAAGUGUGAAGGAACAGGAAGGUUUUGCAGAUGAUUACUCAUUCCUCAUUCGGGGUUUGCUGGAUCUGUAUGAGGCAAGCCAGGACCAGCAGUGGCUAGAAUGGGCGUGGAAACUGCAGGAAAUCCAGAAUGAGUUGUUCUGGGAUGACAAUGGUGGUGGCUAUUUCAGCUCAACUUCCCUGGAUCAGAGCAUCCUAUUACGAGUGAAGGAAGAUCAAGAUGGAUCGGAGCCCUCUCCAAACUCUGUGUCAGCCUCAAAUCUUCACCGUUUAUCUUGCUACAUGAACCAACGUUUAAAGCCUUCAUCAGAAGCAAUCCACUCGACCUUCAAUGAAAUGCUGACGAAAGCUCCUACUGCUUUAUGUGGCAUGCUGGAAACAUUGUUGUGGUCUAAGAAGACGCCAAAGCAGAUUAUCAUUGCUGGUGAGGUGGAGGCCGAGGACACAAAAACCCUCUUGAGAACAGUUCACACCUUCUAUCUACCAAAUCGAGUUCUGGUUGUUCAUUGGCCCAAGGCCGGCACCUCUUUCCUCUCAAACCACCUCCCAUCCCUUCCUGGCAUGAUGCCUGUAAAUGAACAGGCCACUGCUUAUGUGUGUGAAAACUUUACCUGUUCAUCUCCUGUGAGUGACCCGCAGAAGCUACGGAAAUUAAUUGACCCAAAGCACCAUCUUAAAGUUUAGUUCAAGUAGCUAAACACAAUGCUGAGUUGUACAAUGCUAUGUUGAGGGUGAUGUCAUUGUUAUAUUUGGUCAUGUAUAUUGGUUACGUAAUGUUGGGUAGUAUUAGUGUUCGUGUGGUAUGUUUUUGACACUAUUGAACUGCAGCCACACACAGAUUUUUCGCCAAUCGUAGACCGUAAGGAGUGUAGGACAGUCCUUGAUACUAGAUGGCGAUCUGUCUAUA